ACGCCACAGAGGGGCGGGUUAUCAACAACAGACGGUCUGUGGAGCUAACGUUACUGAGGGACAGAGCUCAAGUGUUGUUUUGAAUUUGCUGGAAGACACCGACUGGAAAGGGGGCUAGGGUCUUUGGAGAAGAUGGCGGAUGUAGGAGGUGAUGAAACUCGGUCAGAUCUUCCUUCAGUAUCCCGUAACGGUCCAGUCGUCGGUCCGUCCGCGGGCCAAAACACAGCUAUCGUAACGUCAGGUCCACGGACGGUGAGGAUCGUCAAGUCGGAGUCGGGAUACGGUUUCAAUGUUCGCGGUCAAGUUAGCGAAGGGGGACAGCUUCGGAGCAUCAACGGGGAACUCUACGCUCCUCUUCAGCAUGUCAGCGCUGUUUUGCCCGGAGGUGCGGCAGACCGAGCUGGGAUAGCAAAGGGUGACAGGAUCCUGGAAGUUAAUGGGGUGAGUGUGGAAGGUGCCACCCAUAAGCAGGUGGUGGACCUGAUCCGGGCGGGGGAGAAGGAGCUGGUUCUGGCUGUGCUGUCUGUUCCACCUCAGGAGGCUGAUGGAUUGGAAGGAGGAGAGGAUGUUCAACCCAACUAUGACUACAGUGACAAGCAGGCAGUGCCCAUUUCCAUUCCCACAUACAAACAUGUAGAGCAGCACUCCGAGAGGUUUGUGGUGUACAACGUGUACAUGUCAGGCAGACAGCUGUGCUCAAAGCGCUACCGGGAGUUUGCUAUCCUGCACCAGAACCUGAAGAGGGAGUUUUCCAACUUCAACUUCCCGAAGCUUCCCGGUAAAUGGCCGUUCUCCCUGUCUGAACAGCAGCUGGAUGCUCGUCGCAGAGGCCUGGAGGAAUAUCUCGAGCGAGUUUGCUCUGUGCGGGUGAUCGGGGAGAGUGACAUCAUGCAGGAGUUUCUCUCUGAAUCAGAUGAGAACUACAAUGGAGUGACAGAUGUAGAGCUGCGGAUAGCCCUGCCAGACAAGACCACCAUCUCUGUCAGAGUCCGCAAGAACAGCACCACAGACCAGGUGUACCAGGCAUUAGUGUUGAAGGUUGGAAUGGACAGUAUUAUGGCGAGCUACUUUGCCCUUUUUGAAGUCAUCAACCACUCUUUUGUGCGGAAACUGGCGCCUAAUGAGUUUCCCCACAAGCUUUAUGUGCAGAAUUACACAUCGGCAGUGCCGGGGACUUGCUUGGCGCUCCGCAAAUGGUUGUUCAGCUUCCAGGAGGAGGAGUUGCUAAGAGACAACCCGCUGGCACUGCACUACUGCUUUCACCAGGUAAUAACAAUAAUUGAAUCCCGCUUCUCAUAGACUUAAGGGAACUCA